AGGCACAUUCAGUCAUCGAGACCUCAUGCGCUCAAAUGCCGUGAGCGCUCUGAAAGAGAGAGAGAGAGAGAGAGAGAGAGAGAGGGGAGGAAGGACGACAGAAAAGGAAAGUAGAAAGAGGAAGGACGGACGAGCCAUUAAACACCCAAAUGUUGAACAGUUUGUCUUGAGGACAAAACAAACGCUCUCUGAAAGGAAUAUCUAUUAGGAUUUCAAACAAACUAUUUCAUGGGUUCGAGAAUUAACAGGAGUUUGACUGGACGACCGCGAAGACCUCUUUAGAUCAUGGAGGCACUAAACGUUAGUCAAUGCAACACUUCGGAUUUUCAGAACACUACUCGGGAUGAUCAAGUAUACAGAGAUGCGGGGAUGGUGAUCCUGGGCAUCGUGAUAGGAAUCUUGGUCCUGGCUAUCGUCUUCGGAAACGUGCUGGUUAUUACCGCAAUCGCACGCUUCCAGCGUCUACAGACCGUCACUAAUUGCUUCAUCAGCUCCCUGGCGUGUGCCGACCUGAUCAUGGGGCUUCUUGUUGUGCCCUUUGGCGCCUGUGAUAUCUUCCUUGAGAAGUGGCACUUUGGGAACGUCUUCUGCGAAUUCUGGCUGUCGACGGAUGUGCUGUGCGUAACGGCGAGCAUCGAGACUUUGUGCGUCAUAGCCCUGGACCGCUACCUGGCGAUCAUGUGGCCACUGCGUUACCAAUCACUGCUGACCAAGCGCCGGGCCUGUUGGGUGGUCCUGGCUGUUUGGGCGGUGGCCGCCCUGAUAUCCUUUCUGCCCAUGCAUAUGAAAUGGUGGGUGUUGAACAAUCCGGCGGCGCAGUGCUGCCUGAAUGAUCCCUUCUGCUGUGAAUUCAACAUCAACAGAAGCUACGCAUGGACCUCGUCCAUCAUCUCCUUCUACAUCCCGCUCGUGAUCAUGAUAUUCGUCUACAGCCGAGUCUACCUGGAAGCUCGGCGGCAGCUUCGAAACAUCUAUCGCACGGAAGGUCAUAUUCGGACCCAAAACUUGUGCGGCCAGGACGGGAACGAGGUGCGGAACCGCAGGACCAGGUUCGGCCUCAAAGACCACAAAGCCUUGAAGACGCUGGGGAUCAUCAUGGGCAUCUUCACGCUCUGCUGGCUGCCGUUCUUCGUCCUCAACGUGGCCACGGUGGAGAUGGACAUGGAUGCCAUCGACUGGCUGUAUAAAAUACUGAACUGGAUCGGUUACUCCAACUCAGCCUUCAACCCCCUGAUCUACUGCAGGAGUCCCGAGUUCAGAUGCGCCUUCCAAGAGAUCUUGUGCAAGAGGAGGCCUCAGUGUCCGCCUUCAACAAACAAAACGGGAUAUAGCUACGGCGACCACACCUCGAAGCAGACGUCUUACACAGACUGCGGAACAGUAGAGCUGGGUACUUGCUCUUUGGCUGCCAGUUCCUCCAACACGAACGGGAAUUGCAACAGAACCCUGACUUCCAUGAUUUAGCUAUUUAUUGCAUAGAGAAAUACAACUUCUUAACGUUCUUUGCCUCCAUUUUCCCGUGCGUUUAAAUAUAAAACGUUUGGUGAGUGAACAAAUGGAAUAUUAUACAUACGGCAUGACACGGCCUUUGCGCUAAAUGUCUCGUUCUAGUUAUAUUAGAACCCAAACCAUCUCCGUGAUAUAAAAUAUUUAGGUACAAGAUAGGGCAAAUCUUGACAUUUGGAAUGUGGUUAUAUUAUCCGACAUAUACGUAAGCUACCUCAUGACACUCUGGCACAUGUCUUCGCCAUAACCACUUCCAAAAAAAAAGAGAGAGAGCGACAGAGAGAGAGAGAGAGAGAGAGAGAGAGAGAGAGAGAGAGAGAGAGAGAGAGAGAGAGAGAGAGAGAGAGAGAGAGGAGCUCUGGAAUCAGAUUAUCGUGUAUCAUGUUCUUACAUUAGAAGUCUGGUUUUGGUUUAGAUCCUAGGCAUAGGCACUACAUCGUUAAAUGAGUGUAGCUGAUCUGAGACCAGCACUGUUAUUUUUUUUAUUUGUAUAUAUAUAUUUUAAAUAUUAUCUUAUUGCAUUCCAUUGAAAAGCUAAAGUGCUUGUUUUAAAACCAGGGACUUGUUUUUUUUUUUGUCGUUUUUUUUUUGUUUUUUUUUUAUCUCUGCAAUCCCUUGUCUGAACGCCGAGGAAAUCUGAGCUCCUGACGAGGAGCAACAGGUGGAGGUUGCUGGCUCCGUGUGCUAUAACCAGCUGCGCUUAUGAAAAGGAAGAAAGAAAAAAAGAGUGUCCAGUCUGUGUACUUCAACCUUCCCCUGUUAGCAUUUCAGCUCGAUCCCAUUCAGCAAUAAACAACAGCCGAGUAUGUGACGUGUCGAACCGAUCACGUUUGUAUUGAUGGACGUGGACGGACGAGGACGAUGUCGGUGACGCGAUACGGUGCAGCGAUUAUUUUCCGUAGUAAUUAACCGGAUCAUUUGUGUUUGAAUGCGCGAGUGCACUUCACGCGAGAAGGCUCAGCCCAAGGCUCUUGUAUUGCAUUAAUCCUUUCAAACCAUGCACAACAAAGCGUACCAUUUCUACUAAAGCCUGCGUUCGUGUGUGUGCGUCGGUGUGCAAUGUUUACAGAGAUUCUUGAGCAAACUGUCCAAAAGGACAGUCAGAAAAAAAAAAAGAAGAAAAAAAUAAUCUCCUGAUACGGUUCCAAGUGUCACUUUGGUCUUUGUGUUUACAGAAUUCGUGAGGGGAAUUUAGCGUAACCCGAUAGAAUCUGGUUCUUUUUGUACAGGAAGGUGUGCUGGUCCUUCUGUCAAACAUAUUGUUAUACAAUGAUUGUCCAAGACCAGCGAUGUUGUUUUUUGACAUGACCAGAGCUUCCUUCCUGUAGGCGCGCGUGUGCGUGUGCGCGUGUGCGCGUGUGUGUGUGUGUGUGUGCUGCAGGUUGUCAGAUUGAAUGUGCAAGUAUUUAUGAGUCAUCUGGUUGAGUUGUUUGAACGCGAUGCGACGUUCAGCUUUUGUCGGCUUGACGAGGUUAUACAGCAUAAAGCACAAUAAAAGGUACUGUAUUUAUGAACCCCUGGUAUAACCUAAGCAUUUCAAGCAUUAAGAUGGCUCGCACAGUGUAUAUAGAGUACAUAAGAGAUGUAUAUACUGUAUGUGAAUUUGUGUUAUAGACAUUAUAUUACAUAUCAUUCCACCUAAAAAUGCUCUUAAUUGACAAAAUCAUACUUAUUUCCACUGCACUGCGAAAUGCUAUCUGAUUGUGUGUUCCGUGUUGUUUGUUUGUUUGUUUGUUUGUUUUUGUAUGUCGAGCCACUUGCCGAAUGUAAAAUGUGAAGAAUUAAAACGUGGUUGUUUGUAAAUCAGACUGUGGAGUAGUCGCUGUAGAUGGAGUACUCUGUCCACCAUCUAGUGGUCACUUCUUUAAAGUACUGUAGGUGUUCGUGCUCAUCCAUUGUAUUCAGGGUUUUAAGGUGGAUUUAUUGAUUUGCUUAAUUGUUUACAAAUGUCGGAGCAUUCAUACUUAGGAUUCACUAUAAUACCAAGAGGCCAUAUAAAGAAAAGAGGCUAGAGGAUGAAGGUGUAAGAUAUGAAAUCAAUAUAAUAUGAAUAGUAUAUGGACAUCCAGAUGCUAAAAAAUACAAUUUCCACUAUAAGUCCAUUUUUGCCGAAAUAUAUCCUAUUUUCGAUGGACGCCAUGUGGAGAUUUCCCAAAUGGGAGAAAUGUGGUAAUUUGGGAAAACCGUAGGUUUAUCAAUGGAGUCUGAGGAGAUUUUUU